AUGCCGUCUCGCGAUGCCCAUCUUCAAUUUGAGAAAUGGGCUCGGGAAUAUGGCCCAGUCUACAGCUUGAUGCUGGGCACCAAGUGCUUGAUUGUUCUGUCCAGCGAUGAGGCAGUGAAAGAGCUAUUGGAUAAGCGAAGUGGCAUAUACUCGCAUCGCCCAGAAAUGUACAUUGGACAGACUCUGUGCAGUGGUAACCUCAGACUACUUAUGAUGUUUCGUAAGAUGAUUCAUAGUCUGCUCAAUGUGACUACUUCCAAGAAGUAUAUACCGUACCAGAUGUUGGAGAAUCGACAACUGCUACAUGAUAUCCUCACUCAACCGGAAGGAUUUCUCAAGCAUAUUCGGCGAUACUCAAAUGCCCUGACAACAACCAUGGUCUUCGGGUGGCGCACACCGACAUAUGAAGAUGAAAAGAUGAUGCAACUGUUUGACGGCUUCUCUGAAUUCGCCGAUAUCAAUCAAACCGGAACAGCAGCUAUCAUCGACUUCUUCCCAUGGCUGCGAAAAUUGCCCGACUUUGUGCUGCCAGCACAGAAGAAAGCAAAAGAGCUCCACAAACACGAAAAAGCACUGUAUCUGGACCACUGGCUUCGUGCCAAAGAAGAAACCCGCCAAGGCAGAAUCAACCCAUGCUUCUGCGCGGGAAUGUACGAGGCGCAGAAAAAAGACGGGUUCAGCGACGACCAAGCCGCAUAUAUCUCUGGAACCCUCCUGGAAGCCGGUUCCGAUACUACCUCGAGUACCUUGUAUGCUUUUGUACAAGCAAUGCUCCUCUUCCCCGAUGUUCAGCGCAAAGCUCAAGAGGAGAUCGAGAAAGUCGUGGGACCGUCUCGACUGCCAGUCAUGGACGAUCUCGCCGAGCUGCAGUAUAUACGCGCAUGCAUGAAAGAGACUGUGCGAUGGAUGCCAACGACUAUUCUGGGUGCUGUUCCGCACGCAGUCACGAGAGAUGACGAGUAUAAAGGGAUGUUCAUUCCGAAAAACGCGGGCGUCAUGAACAACGUGUGGGGAAUUCACAUGGAUCCCAAGCGUCACCCCAGUCCCCGCACUUUCAAUCCGGAUCGUUAUAUGGACGACUAUCAGAGCUUUGGAGACGCGGCUGCGAAUCCGGACCCGGCCAAGAGGGAUGUCUUCACGUUUGGCGCGGGACGCCGUAUCUGUCCUGGUAUCCAUGUCGCCGAGCGCAGUCUGUUCCUCGGAAUGUCGCGUAUUCUUUGGGCCUUCAAUAUCGAGCCUGAGAUGGAGGGGGCAAGCCUGUACUGCCGGAUCCGGAUCGGUUGA